AUGGAUCCAAACGCAUUGUCAAAGGCAUUCAUGGAACACUACUACACCACCUUCGACACCAACCGUCCCAAUCUCGCCGCCGCUCUCUACCACUGUCAAAGGCAGAUUAUGGGAUCUCAGAAUAUCGUCGCUAAACUCACUUCUUUCCCUUUCCAGCAGUGCCAUCACUCCAUCACCACCGUCGAUUGUCAACCAUCUGGCGCUGACGGCGGCAUGCUUGUCUUUGUCAGUGGUAAUCUCCAGCUCGCCGACGAACAACACGGUCAGCAAAUUAUGUUCCUUUUUCUCUUGAAUCUCCUAUUCAUGAACCCUUUCUCAAGAGAGGAAUUGAAGAUGAGAUGA